AUGGAAAAGGAAUUAUUUUUUAAAGUUUUUAAUAAUAUUUUUUUAAAAUCAAAAAUUAAAUAUUAUUUAAAAAAAGAAUUUAGAAAUGGAGUUUAUGAAUGGGAAGAAUUGAAAUCAACAGAAUGGUUAAUAGAGAAUGGUUAUUUAAAUGUAUUAAAAGAGAAAAUUAAAAGAAAAGAAGAAUUAUCAUUCUAUUGUAAUGGUAAAAAAAAAGCAAGACUUUUAACAAAUCUAAAAUAUGAUAAUAAUCCAAGUGGUGAUACAAUUAAAACAAAUAGCAUUCCAAAAGCAAUAAUCUAUUAUAAGAAUUCAAUAUUUAACAUUUUUCAAGAAAAUACUCUUGAGAAUUUUAAUUUCUUUUCAACAUUAUUUAAUAAUUAUAAGUCAAGUUUUGGUUAUAUGUUAACAGAAUCGUUGAAAGAUAUAAUUAGAAUUUCAAUUGAAUAUGAUAAUGUUUCAUCAAUUAGAGUAAUACUUGAACAAUAUAAUUUCAACAUUGACUCAAAUAUUGAUACAUUAAUAGUACACUCGAUUGAUAUUGGUUCAUUUCAAAUUUCAAAUUAUUUAUUAUCAAUUAAAAAAUUAAAUAAUAAUAAUAAUAAUAAUAAUGAAUUUAAUUUAUCAGAUUAUCAUAUUCAAAGGGUUUGGGAAAGAGCUAUAAGCUUUAAAAAUAUUGAAGAUGAAAUUGAAUUGGUAAUUAAAAAAAUUGAAUAUUUAGCAAUUGAAUUAAAUAUUAAACCACCAAUAAUAUUAAAUGGUGUAGAAUUAAUAUUUUUAAAAUUAAAUAUUGAGAUUUAUAGACAACCAUUAUCAAUUGUAAUUGGAUUAUGUAAAAUUUGUAUAUUAUUAAAAGACCAUUUAAAACCAUACUUGGACCCAUCAUCAUUAAUAAAAACUAAACAUUUUAAUAAUGUUUAUUUCUUUCCAACAGAUUUAAAAUUAAACUUUAUAUCAGAUUUAGAUCAUUUCUCAACAAUUUUAAAAAUUGAAGAAUUAAAUAAAAUCAUUGAAAAUUUUAAUAAAGAGAAAUUAAAAAUUCCAAUUUUUAAAUUUAAUAAAUCAAAUGAAAGUAUAAGAAUAUUAAUUAAUAUAUUAAUUAAAUUAUCACCAACAAGUAAAUUAAAUUCAAAUUAUGUAUUUUAUAAAGUUAAAUUUCAAAAUCAAUUAUUAAAUCAAAAAUAUCUAUUACUAUGUGAUAUGAAUGAUUAUCAUGAAGAAACUGGUCAAUUAAUAAUUAAUGAUCAAAUUGAAUGGGAUAUUAGUAAUUUCAAUUGGUCAAAUAGUCAUUUACCUUAUAAAUCAUUUUAUUCAAGUCAAAGUUUUCCAAAAGAUGAUAAAAAAUUGGUUUUUAAAUAUUUUAAAGAUUUAAAACCACCAUAUAUAAUUGGUGAUAAUAAUAAUAAUAAUAAUAAUAAUAAUAAUAAUAAUAAUAAUAAUAAUAAUAAUAAUAAUAAUAAUAAUAAUAAUCCAAUUUAUUUUCAAAAAGAUUUAACAGAAUUUUUAUUAUUUUCAAUUAAAAAUGAUAAUUUUGAAUCACUUCAAUUAUUAUGUGAAAGAUUUAAACCAAAUUUUCAAGAAUUUUCAAGACCUUCACCAUACUUUUUUAUGAAAUCAAUUGAAUCAUUUGAUUUAGUUUAUAGUUUAGAUAUUUUAAAAAGUAGAGCAUUAAUGGAAAUUAAAUAUAAUUAUAAAUUAGCAAGCCAUUUUAAAGAAAAUUAUAGAGAUGAUUAUUAUAAUCAAUUAGAGAAUCAUUUACCUGAAAAUUCAAUUCAUUCACCUUAUGAAUUUAAUCUAUCAAAAUUUCAAUUCAUUUUUGAAAAUUGGUUAGAUUUUAAAAAGUAUCAUAGUAAUUUCCUUGAAUUAAUUUCAGAUACAAUUAAACAUGGUUCACCAUUAUCAUUAAAUGAUUAUAUUGGAUUUAUUAAAAUGUUUCCAAUUGGAUAUAAUAAUAAUAAUCCACCAAUUUCUAAUAGAAAUAAUAUCGAUCAACAACAAUGUGAACAAAUUUAUUAUUGUUUAAAAAAUAGAGCAGAUUUUCAAUUUUACAUUGUUUUAAUUUUACCUUCAAUAUUAUUAGUAGAGUAUUUAUCAACCGAUUCAGAAAAAUUCAUUUAUAGACAUUUCAUUCAUACAACUUUAUUAUUAAAAACAAAUUAUAAUUUAAUUUUAAAUGAAAUUUCAAAUAGAGGUGAUACUAAUUUUAUUUCAACUUUUUUAACAAUACUAAAUAAUAAUAAUAAUAAUAAUAAUAAUAGUUUUCAAAUAGAAUUAAAAAAGGAUAUGUUUAUUAAUGAUUUAUUAUUUAACUCUAUAAAGCAUGGUAGUUUCAUGAAAUUUAUAACAUUUUUAUCAAGUUUAAAUUAUUCUUUAAAUUUAAAAGAUCCUAAUGAAUUUAUUAUUGAAGGAAUAAACUCAAAUCAAAUUAAUGUUGUAAUUUACUUUUUAAAAUCAAAAGGAUCAAUAGAUUUUUCUUCUUUAUUAGCUAAAUUCAAUAACAAUAACAAUUAUAAUAACUAUUGUUUUUCACUUAAUUAUUUAUUAAGUAAUAUUAAUAAUUUAUUAGAAAUAAAAAAUUAA